CCUUCACCUCUGCAUCCCCUUGUGAGUUCCUUGUUUUUUCUACUCCUUUGUGUUUGUAAACUUGUCCCGUCUUAUCGUUCAAAGAGAUCUAAAUUUGGAAACUUCUACACUUCGCAUCUCUUUGUUAGAAUAUGAUAGAUAGAUCGGUCCAGCCCAAUAAUGCGAACUUCAUCUUCUCCAUGAACUCAUCCUCAAUCUGAUCGAAAUCCCAUCUAUCUUAACCAGAAAUCAUGUCUGGUGUCAGUUGUUUUCCAAAGCAUGUCUCCAUCUUUUACAACCUUGAUAUAUCACCAUACCGGCCUUUAGAAGAGCAACUGCGAAGACUAAAAGCUUUCAAGAUAAUGACUCAUCCAGACAAACAAAACCACAAUAAUACCGAAGCAGUAACGAAUGCGACUUACGUGUUCCAAAUUUUAGCACCAUAUAAAAAUAUUCUCCGCUCGGAAUUUAGCUUGAGAUAUUACAUCAAGGAAAGCGAGAAACAAAUACAAAAAUGGGACGAAGCACGCGAGAGAAGAAUGCAACAACGUUAUGGUGGGAUGAAACCGUGGUUUUUCUCCUACAACCCUGACCCCAAGUCGUUUCUAAAUUGGGCAGAGCUGGUUGAUUCCAUUCAUGCCUUCGGUGUGAUUUUCCCCUUUCCACCAGAUAUGGUUGAUUCUUUUUGGAGCUCGGAAGUUUUUCGUGUUGGGGAACCGGGAAAACAUACACAGGUGCAUAUGUAUGAUGAAGGUUGUAGAGAGUUCACAUUAGAUGUGGAUUCUAAAAGAUGGAAUAUGCCGACGUGGACAUCGAGGGGCUCGGAAAUUGAAUACACUAAAUAUGAUAACAUAGUGAAAGGGAAGGGUGAAGAUCUUGUAAUGAAAUAUAUUUGGGUGGUUCUACUUAUUGGUUGGUCUAUAGGACUAUUGACAAUAUGGUUGCUUUUCAAAUUCUUCCGGUACUUGUUCUCCCGGUACGUGUUCUCCCGGUACGUGGUUGUUGGCGAAAGCAGAGCCAGUAAGUCUAUUGGCAAUGGUGAAGCCCUGAAGAGGAGGACGAGCAGAGCUUCUAAUAUCACUUUACCUUUGGAGAACGAAACUGGAAACACUGUCCCGAAUCAACCAUCACAAACUAAAAGCACCAUCUCGAACCAACCAUCACAAACUGAAAGCAUUGCCUCGGAUCAACAAAUUGGAAACACUAUCUCGAACCAACCAUCACAAACUGAAAGCAUUACCUCGAAUCAAUCAUCACAAACUAAAAACACUGCCUCGAAUCAACCAUCACAAACUGAAAACACUACCUCGAAUCAACCAUCACAAAAAAGUCUCGAGAGUCCGGAAUGCACAGCUUUUGAAGCAUAACACGCCUUGGUGUUAGUAGGGGGAUUCUACGGCGGACAGCACGUUCAAAGCGGAAGGAAUACAUCGAGUAGAGAGCAUCAUUGGAUAGAGAACAAGAAAAUGCAAGAAGGGAAGAUUGUAGCGAGUUAGAUUGGCUAGGUUGGCUAAAAUUCGGUUUCCGUAUUGGUUUAUGAGGCUUGUAGUGUGGUUAUGCAGGUGCUGGAAAUUUUUGAUGGGCAGGAUUUUUGGAGAGAGCGGGCGGAGCUGAUUGACAGGGAAGGUGUAAGGUGGAGAAGUUGGAGGUGUUGACUGAUGAACGAGGGACAGGAACAUAGGUUUAGGUGCAAGACACCAAUUAUGGAGUUCGAAAACUAUCACACUGAGUAAGCGUACCAAUUGCA